AUGUCGACAGCGUUGGAACUGACCGGGUUCUUGCUAGGCGUCGCAUCUUGGUUGAUAAUAGGCGCCAGUCUGACCAAUGACUACUGGAAAAUCUCAUCGGUCUCCGGUAGUGCCAUCAUCUCGAGUCGUCAGUAUGAGAACCUGUGGCAUGCGUGUGCUGAAGACAGCACUGGGAUCUCCCAGUGCCGAGACUUUGAGUCUUUGCUGGACUUGCCAGGUUUCUUGCAAGCAUGUCGGGCUCUGAUGAUCAUCGCCCUCAUUUUAGGCCUCUCCUCUAUGAUCAUGGCUACCAUGGGCCUAAAGUGCAUUUCAAUCGGGAGUGCCAGCGAUCAGGCAAAAUCUAAGAUGGCUGCCACUGGUGGCAUUCUCUUUCUCCUGGCAGGUUUAAGUACGAUGGUAGCCACCUCAUGGUACGCUGCACGUGUUGUUGAAGAAUUUCAAGACCCUUUCUACGGAGGCAUUAAAUUCGAGCUGGGGACGGGACUGUACAUAGGAUGGGGCGGAGCCUGUCUCUCCAUUCUGGGCGGAGCUAUGCUCUGCUGCUCCUGCAAAGGAGCAUCUUCAGGACGACCCAAGGGCGGAUACUACCCCAGCAAUCAGACAGCAAAGAUCCACAAACCUGUGUCUGAUUCAGAUACGGCGAGGGCCUACGUCUAA